CCCCCUCCUCCCAGCGCCCCCUGCCCGGUACAGUAGGGCUAUUCUCUGUUUUUGUGACCCGCCGUGAAAACGAAUAACGGAAAAGGUUCGCAAUCCCAGAUUUCUUGAUGCAACAUGGAUUGACGCGACGGCAACGCGAUGCCCGUGCUUAUUUCGUUGCGUAAAACCCUCAAGAAAGCUCGAGGUUAGAGGACUGUCCGUCGGAUUGUAUUGCUGCACAGGACAGAACAGGUUAAUUUCCCUUCCCUCGGAGAGGGCGAAGUCUGCACAGCAACAAGCGCCAUGAUUGCGUUGCGAGCAGCUGAGCACCAUGGAGCUCCUCGAGGAAGACCUCACCUGCCCGAUAUGCUGUUGUCUUUUUGAAGACCCCCGAGUCCUGCCCUGCUCGCACAAUUUCUGCAAGAAAUGCCUAGAAAGCAUCCUGGAGGGCAGCCGGAGCCCCUCGUGGAGACCGCCCUUCAGGUGCCCCACCUGUCGCAAAGAAACAUACCACAGCGGCAUCAACAGCCUGCAGACGAACUACUCGUUAAGGGGCAUCGUGGAGAAGUACCACAAAAUCAAACUGACUCCGAAAAUGUACCUGUGCAAGACCCACGGUGACCAGCCCCUGAACAUUUUCUGCUCUACCGACCUCAGAUUAAUCUGCGGGUUUUGCGCCACGAUGGGCGAGCACAAGGGACACAAGUUCUGCGCUCUGAGGGACGCGUACCUCAGGGAGAAGGCGGCGUUCGAGGCGCUGUUCCGGGUCUUGGAGGACUGGCGCAGCGCCGACGUGCUGUCCUGCUUGGAGUGCCUGGAGACGAGCAAGAAGAAAGCCUUGCACCUCGUGUCCAGCGACGCCGAAAAGGCGACGCACUACUUCGACAAACUGAUGCGCACGCUGGAGCAGAAGAAGAACGAAAUCCUGUCCGAUUUCGAGACCCUGAAGCUCGCGGUCAUGCAGACCUACGACCCCGAAAUCAAUAAGCUGUGCACGGUGCUGGAGGAGCAGAAGAGAGCCCUCAGCAUCGCGGAGUCUUUCAGGGACCAGUCCGACCCGCUCUUCUUUCUGCAGCAGAUGCAGGAGUUAAGGGAAAAACUCGGCAUCAUUCGAGACACCACCUUGCCUUCCCGGGCUGACAUGGAUGUCAGCCCCUUGAUGAGAAGCUUCGACAUUCGGCAGUGGGACAGUGUGAAACUAAAAGACAUAGAUAAGCUUUGUGCUCCCCACGAAACCAGUUCACCCUCCUGUACAAAACCGAGGUAUUACAAGGGGUUCUUGGCGGGCGCUGCUUCGCUGUUUUUUUCCGUGUUGUUGGCGCUGCACUUUCUGGGUUCCGCCAAUGUAGCAUUUAUUGCGACCCACGCUUUGACAACCGCCUAUUCCUACUUACCUGUCGCUGCUGAACACGCAGUGCUGUUCCGGGAUGAGGUGGCCAGCUUGUGCUUGCUUCUGUUCGAGUUGUGUCAGAAGUCCUUUUGGAUGCUGCUUAACCUUACAGGAGAAUUCAUUUGCACUUACAAGUUACUUUAAGAUAAAGGCUUUCCGGAGUGUGUCGUACUGUACGUCGUUUGUGACAUUUCACAUGCCUGCAAGAUGAGACCUCAUUUUACUAUUAAAAAUACAGCAAAAACCUCAUGGACUACACACGUUCCCUCGAAUCAGGAUUGAUAUUUGGUAGAGUUCUAUACUUAUUUGAUAGUUAAUGCACUCUUGACUAAAGGCUUUUGCGGUGUUUACGCUUAAUAGGGAAAACACUCCAUUCCAAAAGAAGCAGUUUUUGUUUCUCCUGUAUAAACCUGGUUGUCUCUGGUAGUAUCAAUUGGAUUUUAGAAUACCUAACGUUACGUUUCGUUAAAUAUUACAGUAUGUUUAUCGAAAGUCAACAUAACGUACAGUGUGGAGGUUACAAAUAAAUACUGGUGAAACGCUAAAAAUGAAUGUGUUUUUUUUAGGCUGGGAGUGACCACACUUGUGUCAUUAACGGGCAGACAUUCAUUUUGUUUUUACGUUUCAAGUAAUUGCCGUUUUAAUACGAAAAGAAAUGCGUGCCAGCACUACAAUUAAAGUUAUUACGGGGAAAAUGUUGUGAACGUUUGGCGUUCGCACUGUAUAGGAUCGAUCCCGUAUUAAACUGUCGAAACCCGCCGAAGCCAGUGGAUUUUCGAAGGGAUACUUGUUGAACCCGGUUUUGUUUUCAAUUCAGAGCGUUUCCCGGGUUCUGUCUGCACCAGCAGAGAUGUCCUACUUUUCGUGUAACAUCAGCUGUUUGCGUUAGCUGUUAAGUAACUGGCACACUUCCGUAUGCAGAACAGGAGAUACUUGAUUACACAUAAAGAAGGGGGCAUAAGACGGGCAUAAGUUAAUUUUUAAAAAGAAAUCUAAAAUGCUUUUAUCGGCAGUACAAAUACAGCGCAUGCAUUCAUAUGUUUGAUAUGGACCUCAUAUUCAUACGUAUAAAUUACAUUUUCUAAAAACAUUCGUACAUCUGAAAUCUUUUUAGUUUGUGUAAAACCUACAACUAAAUGGAUCCCGGAGGCUGUAAUUCAGUGGAGUGUGUACUUUUGUGGCUAAUCAAUUGCCACAAAGGAUAAAAUAGCCAUUUGACUACCAAAGUUAAAAAUGUACAUAACUUACCUGAAAUUAAAAUCUAAGGAAAUGGGUUUCAUAUAUUAAAAAAUGAAUGCAUAUUAAGACUUCAUAAAAUGUGAAUUUGCUCAAUUCACUCCUGUUGUGUACAUUAAUCUGGAAGUCCAAAUUCAGGAUGUCCUGUGUUGUAAGCAUUUGGGAUUUUAAGGGGUUUUUUGCAUUAGAAAAAAUGGUGGCGCUGAGUAAUUUGCAGAAGUUUUGGAAAUGGUAUGUCAGCAUUUUUGCAUUUUAUUUUUUUUAGUUUUAAAGUCCGUAUGAAAGCAUAUUUAUUGAGCACUGGCUGUAAUUUUGAAGACUCUUAAAACACUACAGAUUAGGCCUUUAAAACGUUUUAAAAUGAAGAUCUAAACACAUCUAUUGUAUUUGUUUUUUUUUUAAAUUAAUGUUGUAGGUCCCCGGAAUUCAAAUAAAAAUAGUCAUUCAUUAUCUUAUUCCUGGUAAGGGCUCAGACACCCUAGAAUGGAGCCAAGAAACACAAGGUGCUAGAUGGAAAUAAUAUACCCUGAAAAGGACACCAGUCCACUGAAAGGCACACACACACAGGUGAUUCAGAAGUCCCAAUAAAACACAGACCAUGCAAACACCACAUAGAACGUACCUCAGUCUGAAACCCAACACAUUAUACAAAAGAUGUAAGGCAGCAAUGCUAAAACUUAAUAUUUAUAUGAGUGAGAUUUUGAGUUUCAAAUGAAAAGAGCUCAAUUGCAUUUCUGUACGUUUUAUGUUUUCUGUACUGCAAACCUCGUCAGUAGACCCAGUGAAUUACCUAGAAAAUAACUACAGAAUGCUGCAUCAUUGUUAUUUUAUCAAAUCCCUUGGGCCCAACAUUCAAGAACUCUUCCUUGAAUGUUGGUAAAUGCUUUAAAAACAUGCACAGACACAUUAAGUUUAAUUGAACUGAGAUGCCUCUCUAUCUCUCUUAUCACUUUUUCUUUCCUGAAAAACAAUAGAGAAAUUUACAUGCAGUUAUAUUUUUUGUCACGAGAAAAUAAAUCUAUGAUUCAAGCACAGUUUCAGAAAGCCAGCUGUGAUAAGUUUAAACAUGCUGUAUUUCAAUGCUAUUUUUUAUUCCCAACAGAACUAUGGUGAUUUUGUGACUACGGCUGACCUACAAGCAGUUAUGCAGUGCCAUAACUGCUACAACCUAAAUUACACGUCAGGAAAAAGUGUGCUGUUACUAUUGUUCAAUUGUAUUCUUUCUGUAUAAUUAAGAGUAGUGCAUUCAAUGAAAAAUAAUCAAAUGAAAAAUCGAGAUUGUCAUAAACUAUGUGACUUUAAGAUAUUUUUAGCAUAAAUAAACUGGCAUGCAGUUAUAGUUCUCUGUGUUUUAAGAAUGUUUAUCUGCUGUGUAAAACUAGUUUUGGUUCUGCAGCAUAUUGUUCAAUGGAGCGUCAGUAGACCCAGUGAAUUACCUAGAAAAUAACUACAGAAUGCUGCAUCAUUGUUAUUUUAUCAAAUCCCUUGGGCCUGUAAUUUUGUACUGUUCAUCACAUGGCUUCCAUUGUGGUGUGCUGGAACUUCAUCUAUACAGAGCUAGACACCAAGUCAUACAGAUUACAAGCACUUUUCACAUUCUGAAGGUAGGAAGGCAUUCCAACAUCUAGGAUGCAGGUUAAGGAUCUGCUUACGUUUGAGCGGCUACAUAACUGCCCUAGAAUAUUGUUGUGUCCUGGUAUAGAUAUGGCAUCUUUGAAUAUCUGACCACAGGAUGCAUAAUAUAGAAAAUACUAACCCUUACUCCCUAAAUAGGGCUGAAGAUUUCAAAAAGAUGUUUACAUGCAGCAUCUUGAAACAUUUGCUAACAUGAUACUAAUGAUAUUGUCUGAUCUUAUAUUCCAACCAAUCAUAAGAAGAGCUGACCACCAAGAGGAUGGGCCUGUCUGGUAAUUAGACACUUAUUGCAUCACAUCCAGCCGUUCCUUGAAGGAGGUAUCACUUUAAACCUCAUGGCUAGGCAGUUCGUUCCAUACUCCCUCCACCCUUUGUGUAAAGACCUAACUCCUGUUCUGUGCUUUACAUGGACUUCUACAUAGCUUCCACUUGUCUCUUCUGGAUCAAGUUUCAUUUUUCAUUUUAAAGACUUUGUCAGUGUUUGGGUUUAUAAUCUAUUAAACAUGGGACAAUG